UCUCAAUUCACAAAAAAGAAAUUAAAAAAUAAUUUUUUUUUAUUAUCAUAUUCUCUUCGCUAAUUUUAUAUGUCAAAAGAAACUUUUCAAAUUGCAAAAAGACCAGGUUUCGGUAAUAAAGGAGUACCGAUAAGAGUUCGGACAAACUUCUUUGAAGUUACUAAGAUACCGGACAUGAAAAUUAUACAUUAUUAUGUAACGAUAUUCCCUAAGGUCUCUCUGCGAUUAAAUAGGAAAGUAUUUAACCAUUUUUCAGAGGAAAACCAAAGAGUCCUUGGAGGCGUAAAACCAGUAUUUGAUGGAACAAGAAAUAUGUUUACACACAAGUCAUUACCAUUUCAAGACAGUAGUUUUGACGUAAAAUACGUAGAAUUAGAAGAGGACAACGCGCCCAUGGGUAGUAAACGUCCAUUUCGAAGAUUUACAAUUAGGAUAAGAAAAACUAGAGAUAUUUUUAUGGAUGACCUAUUCCGAUUUUUACACGCAAAAGGCAAUAUGACCUGGAAUUGCAAAAGGGCAAUAACGGCAAUGGGCACCAUUAUCAGUCACGAGAUUUCUAUAAACCAUCCUACUAUACGUAAUUUAUUUUAUACUUCGCAGGGAGCUAGACCCCUCUUUGGGGGUAUAGAGGCUUGGCCAGGGUAUUACCAAUUAGUACGUCCUACAAGGGGCAAAAUGAUGAUAAACAUAGAUUCAAGUGCUACCACUUUCUAUGAAGGUGGUCCACUUAUUCAGAUGAUUGCAAAAAUAUUGCGUCUUAGAUCUCCAGAUGAUCUACGUAGAGGACUAUCAGAAAGGGACCAUCAAAAAAUUGAAAAAAUAAUAAAAAAUCUUAGGAUAAGUGAUAAUCAUAUACCAGAAAAUAGACGAAAAUUUAAGAUUGAAAAAUUAACUCAAAGUUCAGCUUCAAAUACUAUGUUUAAUAGAAAUAAGAUCAAUGUGACAACCUAUUUUCAAAAAGAAUACAAUAGACGUUUAUUAUACCCAUUUCUUCCUUGCGUUGUUGUAGGGAAAAAUUAUUAUCUUCCGAUAGAAGUUUGUGACGUAAUUCCGGGGCAACGAUACAUACAGAAAUUGAAUGAAAUACAAACAGCUGAAAUGUAUAAAUUUACUUGUCAACCUCCAAGCACUCGGGCAAAUAAGAUCCAGGCUGGUCUCAAUAUAUUAGAUUAUCGAAAUAAUGAAUACCUUAAACAAUUCGGGAUGGCAGUAUCAAACAAUAUGACUGUGGUAAACGCUAGGAUUCUCCCCACUCCAACAAUUCAGUACCAUCCAACAUCAAGGGAGAAUCGUAUUGAACCAAAACACGGAGUAUGGGAUUUAAAAAAUAAAAGAGUAGCAACAGGUGCUACCCUCGGUUCAUGGUCAGUUUUAGCCUUUUCAAAUGAAAGAGAAUUACCUAAUCAAGCUAUUAAACAUUUCCUGAGAGAAUUAAUUACUACAUGUAAUGAUAUGGGAAUGAAUAUCGUAAUGAGGGAUCCUCCUAUAUGUCACGUUGAUCCUUCAGAAAAUACUGAGGAAUCACUAAAAAAAGCCUGGUUUAUGGCUAAAGAAAAGGCGAGGGUUAAACCACAGCUUAUUCUUUGUAUUCUCCGAUAUAAAUCAGCUUUAUAUGCCGAAAUUAAACGUGUUAGUGAUACAGUUAUUGGUAUCGCAACACAGUGUAUCCUAAGUAAUAAUAUUUUUAGAGGGAAAAGACAAUAUUAUGCGAACGUUUGCCUAAAGAUGAACGUUAAACUUGGAGGAGAGAAUUCAUUCCUUAUUCCUGAACAUAUUAAAUUUGUGGCAGAUCAACCUACUAUUUUGAUGGGCGCUGACAUUACUAAUUCUUCACUUGGUGAUUACAAAAGUCUAUCUUACGCUGCCUUAUGUGGUUCUAUGAAUGCUAGGGCGUCACAUUAUAUAGCGUCACUUAGAGUUCAAACCGGUCAUGCCGAAAUAAUAGUAGAUUUAGAAAAUAUGGUUAAAGAAUUGUUAAGAACAUUUUAUCAAACUCAUAGGUUAAAACCUAAAAAAAUUUUAUUUUACCGAGACGGAGUUUCAAAGAGUCGAUAUAUAGAUGUGUUAGAGAGUGAACUAACCGCAAUUAAAGACGCGUGUCAUAGUCUUGAGGCUAAUUAUAAGCCCACUAUCACGUUUGUUUUGGUAAAGAAGAGACGCCACACACGUUUUUUCCCAAUAGAUAGACAAAAUUAUGAUAGAACAGGAAAUUGUCCUCCUGGUACCGUUAUCGAAACAGACAUUACACAUCCGUUUGAAUUUGAUUUUUAUUUAUUAAGUCAUGCUGGAAUAAUGGGGACGUCUCGUCCAACUCACUAUCAAGUUUUAUAUGACGAAAACGAAUUUGAUGCAAAUAGGUUACAAACGUUAACUUAUAAUCUCUGUCAUACUUAUGCGCGUUGUACGCGUUCAGUAUCUUUGGUACCUCCGGUAUAUUACGCCAACUUAGCUGCCACCAGGGCAAAACUAUACUCAUCCUAUGACUCUGAUACGGGAAAAACCACGUUUGAAGCGGUAAAGGAAGCGCUACGAAAGGUUAUGUACUUUAUAUAAAAACACCAUUUUUGUAAAAUAAAGUUAUCAGAAAUGAAAUUUUUACCUUACUUUAUUUUAUAAAAAAUAUAAAAAAUAUGUAAUCAUAUUUAAUCCAAAAAAUAUAUUUUAAAUUUUAAAUUUUAUCUAUUGGUUUAUUUCGGGUUAAAAAUAUUUGUAAAUGGUAUUUAAACUAAAAAAAAAAAAAAAAAAAAUUUUUUUGUACUGUGUUUAUAUCAGAGAUUGGCUUUAUAAAAUAUAAUUGCCAAAUUGUUACAAUAGUGUUGUGUUAAUAGGUAGAUUUAAAACUUUAUUUUAUUUCUAUGUAUUUUUUAAAUGUGUUUUAAAGUACUAAAACGAUUAAUAAAGAA